AUGGGCCACAUCUUGGCAGUGGUUCCACACGAACCACAUCCAGAGCCCAUAUCAGAGAAACCAAACAUCGACACGGAUACGGACGGAACGGAGAUUCCUGCAGCAAGUGCCGACGAUGUCGAGCCAGCUCCAAAAAAGUCCCUGGCGUUUAAACUCUCCUUCAUAGGACUGGCUGCUGGCCUGUUUGUGUUCCAGAUGGAUGCAACGGCCCUCGGUAUUGCCAUUCCAACCAUCGCCGAGGAUCUCGAAGGCCAGAGUCUGGAGUCCUUUUGGGCCAGCAUGUCCUACACCCUAUGUGGUCUGGUCAUGCAGCCAGUCUGGGCGAGCAUCUCCAACGCGUUCGGUCGGAAACCACCGUUCUACGUAUCCAUGGGCUUUUUCUUCGUUGGAUCCAUCAUUUUUGCCAUCGCCAAAAACAUGAACACCCUGAUUGCUGGCCGGGUUCUUCAAGGCUUCGGCGGGGGUGGAAUUGACGUGUUGGCCGAGGUCAUUCUCGCAGACAUGACAACGCUACAGGAACGCUCGAAAUAUCUUGGCUUGAUGGCUAUUCCCACAUCCAUUGGCAUUAUCAUAGGUCCCUGUGUCGGUGCACUAUUCUCCACCUAUGCAAGCUGGAGAUGGAUCGGAUGGAUCAACUUGCCAAUCCUAGGAAUCGGUACUCCACUGGUGUUUUUCUUCCUCAAACUACGUCCCAUUCCCCUUGACGCAGGACUUUCCCAGAACCUGAACCGUCUCGACUGGAUCGGAAUGAUGCUCCUUGUCAUCGGAGUCACAAUUUUCGUUCUACCUCUCAGCUGGGCAGGAUCUCUAUUCCCCUGGGCCUCAUGGCAGACCCUCCUUCCAUUUUUCCUAGGGAUCGCAGUCCUAGUCAUAUUCGCUUUCUAUGAAGCGAAACCCGCCACACCAAUCGUCCCUCACCGACUCUUCCACUCAAAGACCGCCAACAUGACCCUAGCAGGAGCCUUCAUCCACGGCGUCAUUCUAAUAACCCUUCUCCAAUACCUCCCCUUACUGUACCAAGCUGUGCAACUCAAAACCCCCAUCAUCUCUGCCGUCUCUCUGCUCCCCACCGUUAUCACCAGCGUAAUCGUCACAGCCGUCUCCAUGAUGCUCGUUCCAUGGUUCGGAGGAUACGUCUGGAUUCUACGACUAGCAUGGGCCAUCACCGCGCUGGGAGCCGGCCUUCUCGCUCUUUUCCACGUGGGAUCGGCUCCAUCCCUGCGUUUCGGUCUUCCCAUCAUCUGGGGCGUGGGUGUCUCCUUACUACGUCUUAGCAUCCUACCCAUGCAAGCGAGUGUCAAGCACGUCGAUGACACCGGGUUAGUUAUCGGCCCAUUCCUCACGAUCCGCAUGUUCGGAGGUCUCGUUGGUUUGACUAUCGCUUCGUCGAUUUUUAAUACCGUCUUCGCGUCGUCUCUUCGGUCUAGCAACGUGCAGCUUACCGGUCCGCUGGAACCACUCCGUGAAGUUUCCAAUGCUGUGGCGUUCAUCGAUAAGCUGAGAUCGCUUGACGUUCCCCGUGAAAGUCUGGAUCAGGUCCUGGAGGUAUAUCUGAAAUGCUUCCAGACUAUAUUCUACACCAUGACGGGCUUCAGUGGUCUAGGGCUGGUGGCUUCGAUCUUCGUGGAGGAGAUUGACCUCAAGGGACGGAGUCAGGGGAAGCAGCGCUUUGAGGAUAAUUAG